AUCUCGAUGGCCGCGGAUAAGGAGAAUGACAACCCCCCGGCCCCGGGGGCGUGUGACGAGGAGGCACGCCCGGCGGUCUUCUCGUCCACGGCGCAGGAGAUUGUGUUUGUGGUGGUGGCCACGAUGGCCAUCGCCAUGUCGUCGCUGCUCUCCGGGGCGAUCAUCGUGCUGACGGCGGAGGUGCAGCGGGAUCUGGCGAUGACGACGGCGGAACUGACCUGGCUGCCGGCCUCCUCGUCGCUGGCGUGCGGGUGUUUCCUGCUGUUCUUCGGGCGGCUGGCGGACCUGUUCGGGCGCAAGCUGCUCUUCCUGGGCAGCAUGGGGCUGUUCGCGGGGUUCGCGCUGGCGGCGGGGUUCGCGCGCACGGCGCUGCAGCUGGACGUGCUGAACGGGGUGAUGGGCCUGCUGUCGGCGGCGGCGAACCGCGUCUUCGCCUGCUACAGCGCCGGCAACCCCCUGGGCUUCGUCUUCGGCAGCAUCUUCUCCGGCAUCGCCACCCAGCUGUUCAACUGGCGCGCCAGCUUCUUCCUGCUCGCCAUCAUCUACCUCGUCAUCGCCGUCGUCGCCCUGGUCACCGUCCCCGUCGACCACUCGUCCAAGGAGCCGCUCUCCCGCGCCGCCCUCAAGCGGUUCGAUGUCGGCGGCACCCUCCUCGCCGUCGCGGGGAUUGGCAUGUUCUCGGGGGCCCUCAGUCUCGGGUCCGAUGCCCCCCAGGGCUGGGCCACGCCGUACGUGCUGGUCCUGCUCAUCCUCGGGGUGGUGCUGAUGGUCGGGUUCGUGUUCUGGGAGCGCUGGUACCCGCAUCCCCUGGUGCCCAUGAGCAUCUGGCGGGACCGCGACUUCUCGCUGGUCAUCGCCAUCCUGCUGCUCGGCUUCCUGGCCUUCCCGACCAUGGGGUUCUGGAUCUCUCUCGUCAUGCAGGAGCUGUGGCACCUGUCCCCCCUGCUGGUGGCCGUGCACCUGCUGCCCAUGGCGGUCGGGGGCAUCGUGGUGAACGUGCUGGCGGGGAUGCUGAUGCACCGGGUGUCCAACACGGGGAUGAUGGCGGUCGGGGUGACGGCGUACGUGGGGGCGUUCCUGCUCAUGGGCCUGCAGCACGCGGACAGCAGCUACUGGGCCUUCACCUUCCCGGGGCUGGUGCUGGCGGUAGUGGGGGCCGACUUCGAGUUCUGCGUGGCCAACAUGUACGUGAUGAGCGCCCUGCCGCCGGCGCAGCAGAGCAUCGCGGGCGGCAUCUUCCAGACCGUCACCAAGCUGUGCCUGACCGUCGGCAUCAGCGUCAGCACCGCCAUCUUCGACGCCGUGCGCGCCCAGGGCACGCCCACCACGGGGUACUUCCGCGGGGACCCCAUCGCCCCCUACAGCGCGACGCUGCUGUACUGCGCGGGCAUCUCCGGGGUGGCGAUGCCUCUCUGCGCCUUCCUGCGCAUCGGACGCCAGGGACACGGCGGGGCGGAGAAGGCGGAGGCGGGCGCGGACAGAUGGGGGCUAAUCCCCCAGGGACCAGCGAUAUUGGCAUCCACGGGACGAUGGGACGAGGGUGACGUCAGGGGGGGGGGAGUGUGCACCAUGUAUGGGGUCAACGACACCCCCCAGGGCAAGUACUAUUAG